AUCAUUUCCACAGACAGAAGAAAAAACUCAAUGGCAGAAGACAAUCUCACAGUUGUGAUCGAAUUCAUUCUCCUGGGAUUUUCUGACCUUCCCAACCUCCAAGGAUUCCUCUUUGGGAUUUUCUUAGUCAUGUACCUAAGCAUACUGAUAGGAAAUGGCCUCCUCAUUGUCAUAACCAAGAUUAAUCCAGCUCUCCUUACCCCUAUGCAUUUUUUCCUUCAGAACUUUUCCUUCUUGGAAAUCUGUUACACAUCAGUCACUUUCCCCAGAAUGUUGGCAGAUCUUUGGUCCCAGAAGAGAACUAUUUCUUUUGCAGCGUGUGCUGUGCAAACUUGUUUCCUUUAUAUUCUGGGGGUGGCAGAGUGCUUGCUCCUGGGUGUGAUGGCUUAUGACCGUUAUGUGGCCAUAUGCAAGCCUCUCUACUAUCCUUUCAUCAUGAAUCACAAGCUAUGUGUCCAAUUGGUUGUGGCUUCCUGGGUGAUUGGUGUCCCAAUAGUGAUAGAGGAGACAUACCAGAUUUUUUCUCUGAACUUCUGUGGUCCUAACUUAAUCAAUCACAUCUUCUGUGAUUCCCCACCUUUAUUCAAAUUGGCCUGUGGGGACACAUAUAAUGUAGAGGUCUCUGUCCAUGUUGUUGCUGUGAUAUUCCUCCUAAUUUCCUUUCUGCCAAUAAUUGCAUCCUAUGUCAAAAUCCUAACUACCAUUCUGAAAUUGCCUUCAACCUCAGGAAGAUCCAAAGCCUUCUCCACAUGUUCUUCUCACCUCAUGGUUGUGUGCUUAUUCUAUGGAUCUGGAAGUAUCAUGUAUUUGUGGCCAAAGUCUAGUCAGUCAGCAACAUCAGGCAAAGUGCUUGCUCUUUUCUAUACCACUGUGACCCCAGUGUUUAACCCCCUGAUAUACAGCCUGAGAAAUAAGGAUGUCAUUGCUACACUGGGGAAAUUAUUUAAUCACUAUUUCCUUUAA